UAUAAUGACAAUACGAUAUGUCAAUGUCAAACUUAACUGUCACUGUCAACGUUUGUUGAACUUUUGUUGAUUUUUGAUGACUUGCCGUUUAUCUCGUACAUCUUAAUAUUUCUGUUCAAAACCAAAAGUUAUAACUUUUCUUGCUAAAAUGGAAUCAAUAGCCACAGAUUCCGGUAAAAUCGUCAAAAUGGAAGUGGAUUACAGUUCCACUUGCGACGAAAAAAUCCCGGAAUGUCAAAAACUCGCCAAGUCUGGUAAAAUCCAUGAUGCACUUGAGCAGUUGCUUACUUUGGAAAAACAGACCAGAACUGGGGCUGAUAUGAUCUCAACCGGAAGGGUUUUGGUGGCAAUUUGCCAGAUAUGUAAGGAAGCAAAAAAUUGGGCACUACUUAAUGAAAACAUAAUUAUGCUAACAAAAAGAAGGUCUCAGUUAAAACAAGCUGUUACGAAGAUGGUACAAGAGUGCUGUACUUAUGUGGAUGAAACUCCUGAUAAGGAAACUAAAAUUAAACUUAUAGAUACCCUUAGACAAGUAACAGAAGGGAAAAUAUAUGUAGAAGUUGAAAGGGCACGGCUCACCCAUAAACUUGCAAAAAUCAGGGAGGAUGAAAACAAUAUUCAAGAGGCAGCAAAUAUCAUUCAAGAGUUGCAAGUGGAAACUUAUGGAUCCAUGGAAAAGAAGGAGAAAGUCGAGCUUAUAUUGGAACAGAUGAGGCUCUGCCUUGCCAAGCAAGAUUACAUUAAAACACAAAUAAUUUCAAAGAAAAUUAAUACCAAAUUUUUUGAGGAUGAAGGUACACAAGAGCUGAAGCUAAAGUAUUACAGGUUGAUGAUGGAACUUGAUGAACAUGAAGGCUCAUAUUUAGCAACAUGCAAGCACUACAGAGCAGUACUUAACACUACAACAAUUCAAGAAAAUCAACAAGAGAAGCAAGCUACAGCGAAAGCUGUUGUAGUUUAUCUUAUUCUGGCCCCAUAUGAUAAUGAACAAUCUGAUUUGACUCAUAGAGUGUUGGCAGAUAAAGUCCUGGAAGAAAUCCCACUAUAUAAGGCAUUAUUGAAGCUGUUUGUUACACCUGAGUUAAUAAAAUGGUCUGGCUUGUGUGAAUUAUAUGAAAAGGAGCUAAAGUCCACCCCUAUGUUUAGUGGAAAUGAGCAAGCUGCUAAAAGAUGGACAGAUCUCAAAUCUCGUGUAGUAGAGCACAAUAUCAGAGUAAUGGCCAAAUACUAUACCCGUAUCAAGAUCGCCAGGAUUGCUCAGUUGCUUGACUUAUCAGCAGCUGAAACGGAGGAAUUUUUAUCCAAUAUGGUUGUUAAUAAAAGUGUUGAAGCUAAAACUGAUAGACCAUCUGGGGUGGUGCAUUUCCAACAAUCGAAAGAUCCCAGCGACGUGCUUAACGACUGGGCACGUGACUUGUCCUCCCUGAUGCAAUUGGUAAACAAGACGACUCACCUUAUCAACAAGGAGGAGUGCGUCCAUAAACAUUUACAGGCAACGAAUGCAUGAGGGUCGCUCAAGGGCUGUUCUUACGAUGACAACGUUUCAUAUUUUUGAUUUUUUCUUAUUAAUAUAACCCCUUUUUGAUUUUUAAAUGUCGUCAUUGUGAGGAAGAUUAAAGCCCUGUAUAUCUGAAGUGUAUCUGAUCAAAGUUAUUAAGGAUGUAACAAGGUUGGACCCAAUUUAUGUUCGCUAUUUAGGUGUCAAGUUUUGUAAAGAAAUAUAAUCUGUCUGCUGUAAAAUAA